AUGUCCAAGGCAACAAGCGAUGACAGCCAUUUGGUCCCGAGAAUCAUCAAUCACAUGAACAAGGACCACUCGCAUAACAUCGAGGACUACCUUGUCGUUUAUGCUCAUGUUGAUCCGGAGAUAGCCAAGCGUCGUCCAGCCCUCGAAACGCUCAACUUGGGCGCCAUGUCCCUCUCCUACAUUGAUAUGGAGGGCACGAAAUGCUUCAUCCGGGUCCCCAUCGAACCGACCAUGGAGUCUUUCCACGACGCCCGUGCCAAGCUCGUCGAAAUGGCCCAGGUUGCAGCUGCCAGACGAGGGUUCAGUGAGUACCUCGUCAACGACGUGCCUUUCUUCUCGAGCUUCAAAGACUACGUCUGUGUCGCCCUUUUCGCCUCGCUUUACACGUUCGCCGUCAAGCCGCAUCUCUUGCGAUACCUUGUGGACGACGUCUUGCUGCUUGGCCCCGAGAUCUCCGGAUACAUCAUGGACUACCACGUCACCGUCUUCAGAGGGUUGCUACUCAUACACGCUGUCGAGGCAAUUGUCAUCUUGUACCCGUUGCUCAGAAAGUUCAGAAUGGGAACUGCGAAGAAACUCGCUUGCCUACUUCUUUGUCUCGUUGAAGGGAUCGUUUUUCUAAGUGCAUUCAAAGAAACGGUCGAUCGUGCUCAGAAUCCAAACAGAAACAAAGAGAAAUAA